UACAAAUGGCUCCUGAUUUCGUUGUUGGUCGUGUUUGCAGCACGUUGGAUCUCAGCCAGAAAUGUCAAAGUAAACAUGCUAUUCGGGUCUACUCCACUGUUCGAUUCAACCUUUUGUGAACACCUGCCGACUGGCUAUUAUGAAUACCCAUAUGAUUGCGCUGCCUAUAUUUCAUGCAGGGAUUCACGUACAGAGUUAGAAUACUGCGCUACGGGUAAACUCUUCAAUAAGGAUCUGCAGAUAUGUGACACUCCCGAUGCAGUUGAUUGUAUCGAAUCACAACAACCGACAACAACUACACCCGAUGAGUGCAUGGAUGUUGCUAACGGAACUGUGAUGCCCUCUGUUGAGCACUGCGACGAGUUUAUCGUGUGCAUCAAUCAGCAAGCUGUGAUCCAUAAGUGUUCUGAGCCCUAUCUUUUCAAUCCGGCCUUACAUAUAUGUGACGAUCCGAAUGAGGUUGUGUGCUAUGACGGGCAGAGUACUUCCAAGGCAACGACGGAAGCACCGAGGCCAACCACUGAAGCACACAACGAAUGUCAGGGCCAAGAGUCCGGCAUCUCAUUUCCAUAUGUUGAGGACUGUCACGAGUAUAUUCUAUGCCUGGGCGAUGAUCAGUCUGUUAAGGCCAAGUGUCCAGUAAAUUCUUGGUACGAUCCAAAGAGCGGCAAUUGUGGACCUAAUGUGCCGCCAACAGCUUGUCUGGAAGUUGAGACGACAAGCACCACAUCAAGCACAACUCUGAGUCCACAUCAGCUCUGUGCAGAUCAAGAAUUUGGCAUCUCCUAUCCCUUAGUUACCAACUGUAAGCAGUAUAUUGUGUGCUUGGGCAACGGAGAGUCUGCCGUAGUUGACUGCAUUUACAAUGCUUGGUAUAAUCCUGUGACGGGCGACUGUGGACAGGAUGUCUCACCCACAGCGUGCCAGGAAGGCUCCAUUCCUACUACCACAACAGCACCGACCACUCCAGCUACAACGCAAGCACCUACAACCCCAACGCCAACAACAGAUGAACCUACAUCUGAGCUAUGUUCCGGACUACUUCACGGGCAGUAUGUGAGCUAUCCCGACAACUGUAGUAAAUAUGUCGUGUGCUCGGAGCCAGUGCCUAUAGCAUUUUACUGCACUCACGGAUAUUACUUCAGCGAGGCUCUGCAGCAGUGUGUGGACUGGGACGAGAGUGACUGCGAAACAACGGGGAGCACCGUGUUGCCUCCGUCACCGACGCCUGCCCCUGGCGUCUGCUUGAACAACGCAGGCAGCACAUUUCCAUAUCCGGAAAACUGUCAAUGGUAUUUCCGUUGUGUUAACGAUAAUGUCUACAUGAUGGGUGUUUGCAUCAGUGGCGAGUACUACGAUCCCUUCAGCGGCGAGUGUGGUUCCAAUGUAUCGCCCGAUGCUUGUCAAGAAAAUUACUCGACAGCCACAACCGAUUUGAGUACAACAACUACAGAAAUGACAACAAUCUCUACCACCAUAAGCACAACCGAUUUGACUACAACUACAACACCAAUAACAACAGUUUCUACUACAACUGCUCCGCAAUCUGACCCGUGUGAGGGCGUGCCGGUGGGCGAUCUGGUACCCUACCCCAACGACUGCACCAAGUUCAUUCAGUGCAAUAGGCCCAAUCCUGUGGUAUUCGAUUGUGUCGAGGGGCAAGAAUUUAGUGCCCAACUUAAGCGCUGCAUGGCGCCCUGGUUCGCAAAUUGCACGAUAGCACCGACAACUGAAGCCCCUUUGACAUCAACAACUGAGCUACCUGACAUCCAGACAACAGAGGCAAAUCCAUCAACCCAUGAUUUCUGUAAAGGUAAAACGGACGGCUCACUUGUGCCGUAUCCGAGCAACUGCUCAAAAUACAUUGUGUGCCAAGAGCCCAUUGCGGUGGGCUAUGCCUGCCCAGAUGAUGAGGAAUUUAGUCCGACAGAAUUGCGCUGCAUGGAUGCCCAGCUUGCAAAUUGCACUAGCAUUGCAAACUAUUAUGACUACAAUAUAGUGUCUGAAGACAGUCAACUUUAAUAUAUAGUUGGACAACAGAAGGAUAUAUGCCUUGGUAGUACAAGGCGAGAAGGUGUUCAAUUCAAAUAAAUAGUAGGGCUUUGAUAACUAAGUUUGUUAUGUUCAAACAAUUAAAAUUUAUUUUAAUAAGAAUAAUUAUAUUGACAGUAGCUGUACUGUUGAUAUUUCAUUUGACUAAAAAGCUGUUCAAUAUAUUGGUACCCUUUUAUGGUAUUGAAAGAAUCAUUUACAACCAUA